GCACAGAGUUCGAGCGGUGUACACCCAGCUGCAGCCCUGGCGAGAAACGAACUGAAUUCCAUCUAGAGACCCUAACCCCCAUCUCGGUACUGGAACAACUUGUCUUGAGGUAGAAGAAACACAGCGGAGUGGGGUCGGAGGAAGGAAGAGUGCAGGUGGCGGGAGUAAAUGCAAGCACUGGAAAAUGGCGAACCCACCGCCGUUGGUGAAUCUACAUGGCUUCCGGCAUACGAUGCGUGAUUCUGGACACAGGAUGGCACUACAUAAUGGGGCAAUUUGGCUACAGCCGGAUCGAGGAGAGGGAGUCGAACCGCGUCGCCCAGAAGUGAAGGCGACUUUCGAAUAUGGGACAGACGCUGGGAAGACAGCGCGGAGGGGACAGAUCGGCAGCAAGAGCGGCGGAAUCGGCAGCGUCUCGGACCCUCAAAAAGAGCGGCAGCAGCAUAUCCGCGACCGAGGGUCGGCUGGAAGAGAGACGCCUAGCAAGAAAACUGGCCAAGGAAGUUGAGCUGACGGGCCGGCGGGCUGGCCUAACAGCGGAGAAGGAGAAGAGGGACGCCGUGAAGAAGGCGCGGCGGGAGGCCGCCCACAAGAAGGCGAAGGAGGAGGAGGAGCAGCAGAGGUUGCAGAACGACCACGACAGAAGAAGGGAGCGGGCGUGGGAAAGGAACAGAGGAAAGUCGAGGAUCGAGGUGGAGAGACCGAGGCACUCGACACCCGGGCGGUCGAAGAAGCCGCAAAGAGCCACGAAGAAGGCCUAGGUGGCUGUCAAUGUUGUCCAGAAUGGCAUUUCGUUGUCAGGCUAAACCUUGUGAUGGGGCGACUUCACACUUCUUUGUGCUCAUGCAGUUUGGUUGCGGCACAUCGAUGGGCCUGGUUUCCUCGGCUCCUCAGUCUGGAGCUAUGGCGUACCCACGUCCACUCUCAGGUUUCAGGACUUUUGCCUGGAUCUAGUGAUUUUCUUGCCCGCGAGCAAACGGUAGAGGCUCGAGGCAAGCCCAACUAUGUGUGGCACUCCUGACACGCCAAUACAGUGCCAUUCUCCAGCCUAGCGUUGUUUGUGCCUCGAGGUAUUUUUGAUAAAUAUAUAUACAUACGACCGACGUAUGGAAGUAUUUUUAUUCAAACGGUGUGUGUGUGGGUCCCGUUUGGCCACUGAGUAUUCGUACAUGCGUCAGUUUUGAAGGUAGAGGGUCUGUAACUGCUGAAGGCGGCUGAGGUGGGGAUGGCUCAGCAGUCUGCAGCACGUGUAACCCGCACCCUGGCAGGCUACCGUUAGUUGCGCGCGGAACCGUUCCAAGAUCUCAUUAGAAACAUGUAGUUUGUUACCGCGGGGGGGAUUGGUAACCUUUUCCGCACAAAAUGUUACUCGGUGGGAGGAACUAGGCGAUAGGUACGUUCGACGCGAAGGUCGGCUGUCCGACGAAGACUGGAAUGGAACAGUGUGUUCCCCUCCAAACCUGCAUUGGGGAAAGGGAAGCGGCGAAGAGAAGGCCAUCAAUUUUCAUUUGCGACGACGGACGAAACAAAAUCUCGAUGAUAUCGUUGGUUUGAGAGUGUAGUCCGGUAUUGUUGUGGGCCAUUGUGUCACGGAUGUGAAGGUAGGCAUCCCCAGGAGUUUUGUACAGGCGGAGAAAGGUCUGGCCGAUGCCGAUCGAUGUGGUUGUUGACCAUGUCUUAUGUGUUUCGGAGUCAGAUCUGGUUGCUUGGACUUGUAUGCCGCUACUUCGGGUCACGCGUGGAGGAAAUUUUGUAGCGUGAAGAAAAAGCACACAGUAGUUUGCCAUUUUUUUCAGAAUGACCUCAAGCUUGCAUGAAUGAACCGGUUGUCGCCUGCAUCCAAAGCCCUGCCACGAAACCCACUCUAGGGUCGUGCAUCGUGCAAAUGGGCGAAAACUAAUUGUCACUGCUUGUAGUCGUGGAAAUAGGCGAGGUUCUCGGGC